AUGCAGGUGACAGUCUGCAGGCUCCGGACACAUCAGUGGUGUUUCAUUCUAUUUAAUGUUGUGCUUUUCCAUGCCUUGCUCUUUGGAGGAGAUCUGCUGGAGGAAUACUUUCUACGGUCAUUACCCAUCACAUACACAGAUGCAAAGAUUCUCGAAAUCCGGGAAAAGGCCAGGAAGUUAGACAUGGAGCCCCAUAAGACCAACAUUUCGAAGUCCUACAUCAUCAGUGGUUCUGAGGCAUGUUCAAAUCAAGAGGUAUUUCUUCUCACCAUCAUCUGCAGCAGACCAGAGAACAGGACAAGACGCGAUGCCAUCAGACAAACGUGGAGUAACAUGACCAGCAUCAGGGGAUACACUGUCCUGACCUUGUUUGCCUUAGGAAAGCCGUCUGCAGAAACCAUGCAGCGGGAGAUCAACGAAGAGUCUCAAAAAUACAGUGAUGUCAUUGAAGGAAGCUUCCUCGAUUGUUCCAGGAAUCAGACCUGGAAGACUGUGAUGAGCAUGGAGUGGACUGUAACUUUCUGCUCCCAUGCCAGGUUCAUUCUCUUAACCGAGGAAGAAGUCUUUGUCAGCCUGCCGAGUCUGGUUGAAUACUUGCUUAGUUUACGAACGCACCUGGAGGAUAUUUAUACUGGGAGGGUCAUUCACCAAGGGGUACCUGACAGAGACCCUCAAAGCCCAGGCUUCGUUCCCCUCAGCCAAUACCCAGAUGAGUAUUACCCUGACUACUGCAGCGGGACAGCAUUUGUCAUUUCCCAGGACGUUGCACGGAAGGUGUUCAUUGCUUCCAAGGAAGUGCCAGUCUCGGUGCCUCCAGAUGUCUUUGUUGGCAUUUGUGCUAAGAACGCUGGCAUCAUUCCCCUUCACAGCUCCCGAUUUUCUGGGAAAAGGCACAUCAGAUACAAUCGAUGCUGCUACAAAUUCAUUUUCACCUCUUCUGAAAUGGCAGAUGACGAACUGGUGCAAGAAUGGCAGGAAAUAAGCAAUGGAAAAGACUGCACUUUACUGGAAACUUAUUAUGGGCUGGUGUCCUGCAAAGUCUUGACCUACUUUGACAAGUUUAAGCAUUUUAACAUAGAUGUGAUAAAAAAAGAGGCUUUGCAUUUUAGUGAUUAG